ACUGAUAAGGAACACAACAGACUCUCAUAUGUGGGCUUCUGGAAUCCACUCAAAUUUGGUUCCAACUUGUGCUGCAUGUUAAAACAGAACCCUCCUUUCCUAGUGGCCCCAUUUGAUUGUUUUCCCUACUCCCCAAGUAUCUGAACGACUGUUUUUCCAGCUGGUGUUUUUGGUUUCUGAGCAAUUGAGCUCAUUGUGGCUUCUGGGUUUUUGUUUUUGGUUUUAGUUUGAGUGCUGGUGAUUUCGGUUUGUGGGUUUUGCUGAGAAUGAUGUCAAUGACAAGCCGUAGUCUUGAUUUUGGAAGAACUGUAUUGGAUUUGGUGGCUUGUGGUUGUUCUUCAAAUGCUUUGUUGGACCGCUCUUCAUUGUCUUCAAUAAGGAAUUACACAAAGGCAAAUACUAAGGGGAGUAGUAAAGGUUUUGCAGCAAGGCCAAUAGUUUUUGGUGGUAGGGGCCGGACUAGGUGUGCAGUGUCUUCUGUGAAAGCAGCUGAGACUUUGCUAAAUGAUUUUUGGACCAAUACAGGUGUUCCUGACGGUCUUCCACGAGUCUUGGAGUUGAAGGAAGAGUCGAGAAUGCCCAUUUCGCUGACGAAUUUGUUUGAAGUGGUAGCUGAUGAUCUCUCGACACUAAAUCAAAAUCUUCAGUCAAUUGUUGGUGCAGAAAACCCGGUUUUAAUGUCUGCAGCUGAGCAGAUUUUCAGUGCUGGUGGGAAGCGGAUGCGACCAGCUUUGGUGUUUUUGGUCUCAAGAGCAACAGCAGAAAUAGUUGGGUUGAAGGAACUUACAAAAGAACAUCGCCGAUUGGCAGAGAUUAUUGAAAUGAUUCAUACGGCAAGCUUGAUACAUGAUGAUGUAUUGGAUGAAAGUGACAUGCGAAGAGGGAAAGAAACUGUUCAUCAAAUGUUUGGUACAAGAGUGGCUGUACUGGCUGGGGACUUCAUGUUUGCACAGUCAUCAUGGUAUCUUGCAAAUCUUGAAAAUCUUCCGGUCAUUAAGCUCAUUAGCCAGGUUAUCAAAGAUUUUGCAAGUGGUGAAAUAAAACAGGCAUCUAGCUUGUUUGAUUGUGAUGUCAAACUUGAUGAGUACUUGAUCAAGAGCUACUACAAAACAGCCUCCCUAAUCGCUGCCAGUACCAAAGGAGCUGCUAUUUUUAGUGGGGUUGACAACAGCGUAGCUGAGAAAAUGUAUGACUAUGGCAAGAAUCUUGGUCUGUCAUUCCAAGUUGUUGAUGACAUAUUGGAUUUCACUCAAUCGGCAGAGCAGCUGGGAAAGCCUGCCGGAACUGACCUAGCCAAAGGAAACCUCACUGCCCCGGUUAUUUUUGCUCUGGAGAAGGAGCCAAAACUUAGAGAUAUAAUUGAAUCAGAAUUCAGUGAAACUGGCUCACUUGAUGAAGCCAUUGAAUUGGUCAAGAGUUGUGGCGGCAUUGAACAAGCACGAGCAUUAGCCAAAGAGAAAGCUCAUCUUGCAAUCGAAAAUCUCGAUUGCCUUCCUCGAACAGCUUUUCGAUUAGCUCUGGAGGAUAUGGUGAUGUUUAAUCUCGAACGGAUCGAUUAGUCUCGGUCAAGUUUUCUAAUAAAAGCCUCAAUGAAACAAGAAUUCCUUA